AUGAGCUGGCACUUGCAGCAUUUGUCGCGGUAUAUCUUCCUUCUGUGCUCCCUCCGUGUGACCUGUUCCGAGCUGCCUUCGACUGUCUUUCCCUCCCUGUCUCGGUAUUUCGUACUGACGACUCAACUGCAACAGCCGUGGACACCGCCUUGUCUGUCUCUCGCUGAAGAAUGGGCGACGGCAGAAUCGGAACUCACACAACCUCUUGUGAGCGUUGACUGCACCGCCGAGCCUGACCUCUGCGCCGAACACGACGUGCGCUCUUACCCUGCCAUACGCCUGUUCCACGGCCGCCUCGCAGGAGACACGAACAAGACGAGUUCGAUCCGGUACAGGGGUCCUCGCAAGGCGCCUUCGAUUGUCCCCUUUGUCAAACGCGCGGCUCUCCCGCCAAUCUCGACUGUGACCGCCCACAAUCUGACAGACUUGACUUCGAUCGACAGUGUGACAUUUGUGGCUUACUUGGACGACGAUGACGGCAACGUGAUGAGGACACGGUACGCCAGGGUUGCGCGGGCGUUUCAUGAUCGGUUCGUCUUUGGCGUGGCGCAGGACGACCAACUCGCCGAGCAAGAAGGUAUAGACACGUCUUCCAUCGUCGCCUACAAGAGCGACGUCGGUGAUCGAGAUGUUUUCGUGCUUGAUGCGACGACCAAGCGAGCAGAUAUCGAGAAAUUCGUGCUCGAGGCCAGUACUCCGUUGAUCGGAGAGUUGACGAGACGAAAUGAGAGGACAUACAUGAUCGGCUACAAACUCCUCGCGUACAUGUUCGUGUCAAACGAUCGAGAUCGCGCAUCGCUCCGUCGAAGUCUUCAUCCCGUCGCGAAGCAGUUCAAGGACUACGUCAACUUUGUGACUGUUGACAGUCACGAGUACGGCCACAUGGCGCCAGGACUGGGUCUGAAUUUGUCAGGAGAUGGAGGCGAGUCCCCUGCUUUCACAGUGUACAGUGCGUGGAAGGACCAGGUGUUUCCGUAUCCUGAGACGCAGCAUGUCACGGCACAGCAGAUAGAGGCUUUCAUGCUGCAGAUCUUGCAUGGGGAUCGAGCGCCUUGGGAUCCGAGGAAUGCGAGAUCGAAUGGUCAUGAUGAGCUAUAG